GAUCUCUUCAGUGUCUGAGGGUGAAGACCACAGGAGAGGAACCCACUCAAGAGGAGAAGCUGGUCCUGUCAGCUGCUCCCAGCUGCUCCUCUCCCUGGGGGACCUGAGCCCAAGAGCAGAAAGUGCUGCUGCUGAGGAGACAUGGGCCCUGCAGGCUGGGGUGCCUUCCUGCUCUUCCUUCUGCUCGGGAUCUCAGGUGCAGAAAAGGAAAACCCGAUGAGUCUUUUGGAGUCAAUCUGUGGGCGGCCUGCAGUCACAUCGGGGAUCGCCUCGGGCCGACAGGCCACCGUGGGCCAAUGGCCCUGGCAGGCCAGCAUCCGCCAGGGCUCACUGCACAUCUGCUCGGCCACUCUUAUCUCGAAGAAGUGGGUCCUGACCAUGGCAAGCUGCUUCUGGUCAAAGGAUGUCACAAAAUACAGUGUAUUGGUGGGGUCACUCCAGAUCACUGGACACCCAGACCCCAGAAUGACGAUAAUUCCUGUAUCCCGGAUUAUUACCCAUCCUGACUUCUCAGGAAACAUAUUUGGCGCCCUUGCUGUGGUAGAACUGGCCUACCCAGUUUCUUAUGGCCCUGUGGUCCUGCCCAUCUGCCUGCCCUCACCUGAGGUUCAGCUGAAGAACACAUCCUACUGCUGGGUGACUGGAUGGGGCUAUUCCGGAACACACCAAUACAGCAAGACAUCUUACACACUAAAGGAACUGAGGGUGCCUCUCAUUGACCUCCAAACAUGCAAUAACUAUUAUCAAAAUGCAAACUUGACGAACAGAAAAGAGUUCAUCAUCAGUGAAGCCACGAUUUGCUCCCUGAUCCCAGUGAAACACAUGGAUCAGUGCAUUGGCAAUAGAGGAGACCCUCUGAUGUGUCAAGUUGAUGAUUUCUGGGUCCUGGCAGGAAUUGUGACCUGGGGAACAAACUGCAUUCAAACCAAUGAGCCUGGAAUAUAUACAAACAUCAGCUUCUACAAAUCCUGGAUUGAGAAGACAGCCAUCUCAUUUACUGAGCUUUCUGCUACGCCCUGGAUAGACCUUUCGGGGCUCCUCCCUGUGAUGCUUUUGCCUCUGAUUUUUCUGGGCCCACCCUAACUACUUAAGGUCAGCCUCAAAAGCAAGAUCCCCAGAGUAAAUAUUUGAAAGCAUGAAUAUCCUUACUGGUCAUAACACAACACAUAAACAUAUUGAAAAUCACACUAUACCACAUAGAAACGUAUGAUUAUCUUUCAAUUAAAAUAUUUCUUUAAA